AGCAGCAAGCUCUAGGAUUUCUCCCCUGACUGUCAGAUCUGGGAAGCCCUGAAUUGCAAUCUUUUUGUCACUGUCAAUGGAAAGAAGACCCUCGGGAUUCCCUUCAGCCUUACAACAAAAUCUGUGAAGCUUGAACAAGUGGCCUUCCCAACAUGUACCGCAUCUCUCAGCUUACAUCUACACCAAUAGCAAGUUCUCCGAGACUGGAAAGAGAAUCAAGUGGGACUCUAUCACCUAGAUGCAUUUUCCCAAGUUACACUUGUACUUUUCUGGAUGGUGACAGCCCUUUGGAAUGCUGUUCCACAAAUCCCCUGACAGGCUCCCACUUGAUUUGCCGCCGAAGUCCCCGGCUCCUCACCAAUGGCUAUUACAUUUUGACAGAGGACAGCUUCCUUUCUGAUGAAGAUGGCAACAUCACUCUGAGUCCCACUCAGACCAGUGUUGUGUACAAAGAGAAUCUGGUCAGAAUAUUCAGGAAAAAAAAGAAAAUCCGUCGUUCUCUCUCUGAGCUAUUCAAUCUCAGUGCCUCUAAACCUUGGCUUCAUCAAGGUGUCUUUAGUGAUAUGGACUCCUCCCAAGAAGAUGUAUUGAUUGAAGGAUCCAGGAACUUUGAGGAUGUUUAUCAGUUUUACAAGGAUGGUAAUCAAGGUCAUUCUGAAUUUUCUUCCUCAUCCCUGCCACAAUUGUCAGAAAAACAAACUCCAGAUUCUUCUGAGAUUUCAUCAUCCAUCAAUGUAGUCCUUCAGCAUUCUAAAGAGAAUCUGUGUGCUGUGCCUUCUCAGUCUCCACUGAUUAUUCCAGAACAUUUCCAGGAGGGAAUUUUACAUCAUUCACAGUCCAGUACAUUUCAAGAUGUCCUUUUUCCAGUAGUCGGAUUUGCAAUAUGCUUAAUCAUUUCAGCAUGUACAAGAUGCUCUCUGGAAGAAUCAUUCAUUGCCCUUUUGACAUUUUCACUGAUGUUCAUCAUAAUUUAUCUUGUCAAGUCUCUGCUUCUUAACCCUUCCAGCGCUUUCAAAAACUAGUGACCAAACAUGAUUUGCCAAAGAAUGAAAAUAAUCCCAGCACUUCCAGAGUAACUUUCUGACAUCUGAAUAUUAAGAAAUGAGUUGAAUUACAAUUAAUUCUUAUUUUUCCACACUAAUAGAGUGAAACAAUAACACGGACAAAACUAAAAUUCUUUAUAUUUGGCAAUAUGGUUUAGAAAAAAUAAAUUAGGGGGUUAUUUUCUUAAAAUUUAGCUUCUGUUAAUAUAAUUUUUUAACCUUUCCUAUGCAUACCUUGUAUACUGAGAUUAAAGGGGCCCAGAAGUAGGAAAGAUGUUGGACUCAGAAGAGGCAACGACAAGACAAUUCAAUUUUGGAUUGAAAAUACUUCUUGUAUAAUCUUCAACUUCAAGAACAUUUAUAAAGUGACUAUUAUGUACAAAAUACCAUUCUAGGUAUAAGAAGACAUUCAAAUAUAAAAUAAGACAUAGAUUUUGUUCCUAUGGAGUUCACAGUCUAGUGGAAGAUUCACUUCCACUAUGCAUGUAAAUAUGCAUGUAAGAAGUACUGAUCUUUGACUAACCCUGUCUUUUUUCCCUAAAGGGACAAGUUGGUAAAAAUUGUUGAACUAAUGAAAAGGAUUAUGUAUAUCACUUUCCUGUCUAAUUCUCAAUCCCUUUAUGAUAAUGUGAACAAUUUUCUCUAAUGAAAUUAGAGCAACAGCUUCACUGAGUAAGCAAAAGUGAGACAACGUCUUUACAGGGGUUUAAAUAAUAAGUCCUGUGAACAAGAAUUCAGUGGAAAGGAGUACUGGUUCAGGGGUACUUUGUGGAGGUGACUCUUGCAGGGAGGAAGGGAGGAGGAGAUUUCUCUUGACUCCCUUUCAUUGGCUAUAGCAUAUAGAAGUAGAGUGAGAGACAUUCUAACUGGUCAGAGUUAUUUGGUUCAAGAAAAUUCCAAAUAAUAUUGAAAGAGCAGAGAUAUAUUCCAGAAUGAAAUAGAUGCAUACAGUUGGUGAAUUGAAUAAUGGCAGCGAAGAUAAGUAACAGAGUCUAUGGACCCAAAGAAGGAAGCUGCCCUACAGAGAAAUUACACUCAAAGGAGAGCUGUGAGAAAAUACUAUGGAGAGAAAAAGGACUUCCAGCUCCUACAGAAACAGGAGUUGUGAGUUAUCCCUGCUACUCAUACAUCCUGUACAUUUGUUUCGGUACCACAUUUUUGCCAUGGACUUGUUGUGGAUCUGUGGGGGAGUAUAUGGAGAAAAUGUUUUAUAGUUACUGUUGGUAAUUUGUAAUUUUAGUAUAUAAAUGCCUUUGUUUAAGGUUCAAUGUGUCUACU